AAGACUAGAGCCAGACAAAACCAAUCAUACAAGGCGAGCGCCGGGGAGACGCCGGAGCAAGACGAAGCCGGCGGCCAUGGGGACCCAGACCUCGGAGGCGGGGAAGGAGAUGAGGGAGUGGUGCGUCGCCCUCCCCAAGGUGGAGCUCCACGCCCACCUCAACGGCUCCGUCCGCAACUCCACCCUCCUAGAACUAGCAAAAGAACUAGGUGACAAAGGAGUCAUUGUCUUUGAAGAUGUUAAGGAUGUGAUCAAGAAGAGUGACAGAUCUCUCCCAGAGUGUGUUAGGCUCUUUGAUUUGUUUCAUAUACUUACAACUGACCACGAUACAGUAACAAGAAUCGCCAAGGAGGGUGUGGGAGAUUUUGCUGCUGAGAAUGUUGUGUAUUUAGAAAUAAGGACGACACCUAAGAAUAAUGAAGCCAAGGGGAUAACCAAGCGAUCCUACAUGAAUGCUGUUGUAAAAGGUCUUAAGUCUGUCAAAGACGUUGAUGUUGUUCUAAACGAUGAAAAAUUAAGUUGUACACCAAUGAGUGAUUUGGGUGGCAACGCAAAGAGAAAGAAGAUAUAUGUUAGGCUCCUUCUGAGUAUUGACCGUCAUGAGACAACUUCUGCUGCAUUGGAUACUGUUAAUUUAGCCAUGGAAAUGAAGGACCAGGGUGUAAUUGGCAUUGAUCUCUCUGGCAAUCCAGUUGUAGGGGAAUGGGAGACAUACCUGCCUGCUCUAGAACAUGCUAAAGAGCUGGGAAUCCCCACCACAAUUCACUGUGGUGAGGUACCAAACAGGAAGGAGAUCCAAGCAAUGCUGGACUUCUGCCCUCAAAGGCUGGGUGAUGUCUGCUGCCUGGACGACGAAGAGUGGAAGAAGCUCAAGUCAUCAGUGAUCCCGGUGGAGAUAUGUUUAACCUCCAAUGUUAUGACCGGAGGCACCCCUUCUCUUGAGCUUCAUCACUUUGGUCUGUACCUGACAACGCAGAACCCAAAAUCCUUGACAAAAAAAAAAACAGCAAGCAUCUUAAUGCUCCGAGUUUCUGAAUUUGUGCAGCUGACCUCUACAACGCGAAACACCCCCUGUCGAUAUGCACCGACGAUUUUGGCCUCUUUUCGACGAGCCUCUUGUUGA